CUCUAGUUUAUGGUUGCUCGCACGGUCACAAGACGUAAGAUCCAAAGAUCAUGGGAAUUGUAUUGUAAAAUACGUCUUUCUUUACCAAUUAUUCUGUGGUGGUCUCUUGUAAAUGGUGUUGGUGCAGUGAUCAGUUUUAGUUAUAGUAUGUUUCUGACUAUGGUGUUAUUUGUAUCGGUUGUUCAUUGGUGAAUGGCUGGUGGUAAAGUCCAAACAACUAAUGAAUGAUGCAGUCUAUUUUCUGGACAGGCAGAGUGGUAUCACGUGUUAUUAGAAACGGACUUCUGAGUUUCUCGAGUGCUACUGAAUUAAAUGUUUCAAAUAAGAAAUAUCCGUAUUUAGUUUCGGUAGUAUGUGGCUUUCCCAAAGACAUUGCUAAUGGAAGAACACAUAAAGGUCAAUUCGGAGACGACGCAUGGUUUUCCACUCAUUUCAAUAAUGCGGAUGUUAUUGGAGUCGCUGAUGGAGUGGGAGGCUGGCGCGCGUACGGCAUUGAUCCGGGCGAAUUCUCCUCGUAUCUCAUGAGGACGUGCGAGAGGCUAGUUCAAAUGGGUCAUUUCAAAUUGUCAGAACCUGGGGAUCUGCUAGCUAAAUCCUAUUAUGAAUUACUGGAACACAAGAAACCUAUAUUAGGCAGUAGCACAGCGUGCGUGAUGAUCUUAGACCGCAGAGAGAGUAUCAUGCGCGCAGCCAACAUAGGCGACAGCGGGUACAUGGUGAUCCGCGGCGGCCGCGUGGUGCACCGCUCGCACGAGCAGCAGCAUUACUUCAACACACCGUACCAGCUCAGCUUACCACCACCAGGACAUGACAGGAACGUCCUUAGUGACAGGCCAGAAUCGGCAGAGACGUCGGAAUUCACGGUGGAGUGUGGCGACGUGAUCCUCGUCGCCACUGACGGCGUGUUCGACAACGUGCCAGAACCAGUGCUGGUAGCCGAGAUGCGAAGGGCACAGGGGCUCGCCGGCGACUCGCAGCGACUGCAGGCGGUCGCCAACUCCAUAGCUUGGAUGGCGCGAAACCUCUCAUUCGACGGAUGCUACAUGUCACCGUUCGCUAAAAGCGCACGGCAGAACGGAAUAGAUGCUAUUGGUGGGAAACCAGACGACAUAACGGUUCUACUAGCUAUAGUAGCACUAUGAAAAUGUCUCCAUGUGAUUUAGAUAGAUUUAUAGGCACUUGUUUAAUUCAAAACCAUUUGAAAUGUAAAAUUAGUAGAAUUAGAGAUAACAACGACACCAAAAACUUGCUAACUGGAUCAUAAUAUUCGAUGUUGUGCUUCAGAUCACAUCAAGUAGUAAACAACUUUACUUUUGAGUUGUAAUUUUUUUAGUAUAAAAUACGUUUUGUUAUGCGCGGUGUGUGUAUAGGAUCUGAUAAUGAGUGUAAAAUAUGUGAUUUUAUUACGUUUUAACGACAGACUAGUACACUAGUCCCUUGUGGUGAUAUUGAAUUGUUUUGAUCGUCUGUCAGUUUUGUGCUACUAUCUUUGAAAGUUAUCUCUACUGUAACUUCCUUGAGUCAAUAAAGAGCAAUAAGAAAUCAAUACUUUGCUUUGUAUAGCAUUAUAAUAUAACUUUUGUCUUCAUUUUGAGAAGUAAUAAUUAUAUCAUUUAUCAAAAUGUGAAGUUCAACUCUGUUGAUAAAAUACUUCUUUUGUGCUUAAAAAUAAUCCAGGAAUAUGGCCGUUUUGUUUUUAACUUUUUUAUAUUUUUAUAGUUUCUUUAUGUUGAGAUGCAGGUGAUUAUGAAAAUUGAAGUAACCGUUUAGUGAUGAUGAUGUAACGAGUCACACGACCUUGGGAAUGUUUGAAUGAAGACUGACGUAUCUAGGUUUACUGUCCUUGUUGUUACUAUAGUUUAAUUAAGAUAUCAGAAGAACGGUUUUAUGAAUGUAACACUUGUAUUUUCUUUGAAUAUCUUCAUUCUAAAUUAAGUUUUGAGCAACUACUUAUGUCUUUGUAUGUUGUUAUUUAUCUAAGCACUUGAGAUGAGUAACUAAAAAAAAUGUAUUUAAUGUGAUGUGACAUUAAUUAAUGAAUAAUGUAAAUACGACCUUGUGAGCCUCUAGCUUCAUGCAUCCAGUUUAGGUAUUGUUUUGACUUUGUCUUCAAAGCCGUUCUGGUAAAAACAUACCCAUUUUUAAUUAGGUACUUGAAAUAAUUUGCAAUAUUUUUUAUUUUCGUUAAAAUUUCUUAUAACCUAUUUAAUUUUGUGUUAUUGCGUUUAAAUACUAGGUUAUUUAUUCGCUAUACAGAAUGACUGAAGAAUUUUUGUCAAAAAGCCUUGUGUGAAAAGAUUAUCAAUAAACAAUGCUGAUCAUAA